AUGGUUCGUCUUAAGAAACAAUCUACACCUGAAGAAGACAGAUUGGUCUCCAAGUUUCUUAAAGAAGAUCAUGCUGCACCAUGUAAGGCUCUUUCCAAAGGCCGUUGCAGCUGGAGAGAUAGUACAGUACCUGCAUGCGUCACGAUCAAGCCAUUGCUGGCAACGCUUCGGAAAGUGAAGCAGGUUUUUGAUGUUUAUAUCGAAUCUGAACAUGCGCCCUUUAAGUUAUCUAUGGAAGAAGGUGACCAGAUCGAAACAGUUCGAAAAGAGAAUGUCUUUGGCGAAGAAGUAACUGCAUCCGAGAUGGAUAUCAUUCAACAGCGAGUAGCUCUUCAACAGCGUCAAUUUGCCGAAUAUGAACGUAGAGAGACAAACAGAAAAUCAAAGAAAAUCAAAGAAAUGUAUGAUUAUCUGACACCAGAAGAGAUCGAAGAGAUGCUUAUUGAUUGUGGACAUGAUGAAGAUGAGGUUAUUGUCAGGUUGACUCAGAUAGGUUACUUGCUUGGAAUCAGACGUGUGAUUGCUACUAAGCAUGCACCUGAAGUAGAGAAUAAUAUGAUGAGUGAGGAACAACAGGCAGCCUAUCAACAAUUGCUGAAAAAGCGUUCAGAGACCCUAAAAAAGACAACUAAUGAUACUGCCAAAAAACAAUACCGCAUGGGAGGCCGCUUAGGUCUAGAUGAAGCUCUUAAGCAAAUUCACGAGAACCAAGUCGAUCCUGAAAAGGCAUUUGAAGGAUGGUCUCAAGCUCGUAUCCGUGCAUACCAAAUGAUUGAUCAGAACCCAAACAGCUAUUAUUAUCGUUUCAAUGCUCCCGGAGAGGUACAGCGUAAGGGGCAGUGGGCCGAGGAUGAGCGUUUGGUGUUUUUUGAGCGCCUAGAAGAACUUGGUGCAAAUGGUCAAUGGGGUAUCUUUGCCAUGAAGGUCCCUGGUCGUGUUGGUUAUCAGUGCUCCAACUUCUAUCGCCUGUUAGUUGAGACAGGUGAAGUAAACGAUCCAAACUAUGUGCUGGAUGCCAAGGGUAAAGCACACUACUUGUUUGACAAGAAAAAUGCAGACGGACAAGUAGAGAAGACAUUUAGAACACAUAGCAAACAUGGUACUGGACGGGUAGCAUCACCUGCUGGAUCUCGUAGUCGAGCAGCUCCGGUUGUAGAGAAGAAGAUAAAGAAAAGAAAGAGACGAACUCGUGGCUGGGAUAGUGACGAAGAUGACGACGAGCACGAUUUCGAGGAUCAUAAUGAUGACUCUGGUACAUUUACUUUGAGUACACGGUCUACACGGCGGACACGCGCAAGAGUGGAUGACAGUAGUGGAAACAAUGAAGACACGAAUCAAGAAGAGGAUGAGUUGGAUAGCGACGAUAUGCAACUGGACAACCCCCUUCCUGGCUUUGUAGAUCCAAUUACACUUGAUGAAGUGGUAAAACCAGCAAUUUCUAAAUAUGGACACGUUAUGGGGUAUGAUAGUUGGGUCCGAUGCUUGUCUAAUUGGGAAGGCAAGAAAAACAUCUGUCCGUUGACAAAAAAUCCACUGACAAAGCGUGAUUUGGUUGUUUUGACACAUGAGAACAUUGAAGAAUACAGAUCAAAGAUCAUCAUGUAA